UGAAUCUACGAUAUCUGUCUUUUGGUGUGGCAAAUUAAACGUCAAUUGGAUCUAGAUAAUUUCAUCAGAUUUUGCUCCAUCCUUGAUUUUCGAUAUUGAUACCAAGUUAAAAUGAAAAUUAAACUAACAGCUAACAUUAAUAAUCCACCGAUAAGUGGCUUGGCAACUGCUCAUCUUAUCAACGAAACCGUACCAAUUGAAAUAGUGUGGAGCAACGAGACUUCUUUGAAGUUCCCGGACAAUCGACACCUUUUAUGUCACUCAAACAAUGAUGUGCUGCGGGCACUGGCACGUGCUGCACCGGAAUAUCAACUAUAUGGAAAAACUGCCAUCGAGAGAACACAAAUUGACCACUGGUUAUCAUUUUCACUGACAUGUGAAGACGACAUCUCCUGGGCGUUUUCAUUUCUCGACAAGUCAAUUGCACCUGUAACUUAUUUGGUAGCUAACAAAUUAACUAUAGCAGAUUUUGCCCUAUUUAACGAGAUGCAUGCACGUUAUGAGUUCCUUUCAAAGAAAGGUAUUCCACAGCAUGUACAGCGAUGGUAUGAUCUCAUAAAUGCGCAGCCAUUUAUCCAGAAAGUCUUGCAGACUUUGCCCGAAGAGGCUCGUACAGCAGCAAAACAUGCUAAACGCAGCAAUGGUGUUAAACUAAGCGAUUGCGAAAAUUCAGUUCUGCCUGGGUCAACGAAAACGAAUGAGCGCAAACAAGAGGGUAAAUUCAUUGAAUUACCUGGUGCAGAGAUGGGAAAAGUUGUUGUGCGUUUUCCACCGGAAGCGUCUGGCUAUCUGCAUAUUGGACACGCUAAAGCAGCAUUAUUAAACCAAUACUAUGCUUUGAACUUCAACGGAAAACUAAUAAUGCGAUUCGACGAUACAAAUCCUGCUAAGGAAACGGUUGAGUUUGAAGAAGUCAUUUUAGGAGAUGUCGAACUAUUGCAAAUCAAACCGAAUCUCUUUACUCAUACGUCCAACUACUUUGAUUUAAUGUUGCAAUAUUGCGAGCAGAUGAUUACAGAGGGAAAAGCAUAUGUAGACGAUACACCUGCGGAACAAAUGAAACUUGAGCGGGAACAGCGAAUUGAAUCAAUCAAUCGUUCAAAUGAUGUUGAAAAAAAUCUAUUACUGUGGCAGGAAAUGAAAAAUGGCACUGAAAUUGGACAAAAAUGCUGCGUUCGUGCAAAAAUUGACAUGUCUUCACCAAAUGGUUGUAUGCGGGAUCCAACAAUAUAUAGAUGUAAGAACGAACCGCAUCCACGCACGGGAACAAAAUACAAAGUGUAUCCGACUUACGAUUUCGCAUGUCCAAUUGUCGAUUCCAUUGAAGGCGUUACGCACACAUUGCGUACCAUGGAAUACCACGAUCGUGAUGACCAAUUUUAUUGGUUUAUUGACGCGCUUAAACUUCGCAAACCGUACAUCUGGGAAUACAGCCGCCUUAAUAUGACAAAUACUGUGUUGUCUAAGCGUAAGCUGACUUGGUUUGUCGAAUCAGGAUUAGUCGAUGGAUGGGAUGACCCACGUUUUCCGACAGUGCGAGGCAUCAUUCGCCGGGGAAUGACUGUUGAAGGUUUACGAGAAUUCAUAAUAGCUCAAGGAUCUAGUAAAUCAGUAGUCUUUAUGAAUUGGGAUAAAAUAUGGGCAUUCAAUAAAAAAGUAAUUGACCCAAUUGCACCUCGGUACACGGCUCUCAAUUAUGAAAACCGUGUAGUCAUAAAUGUUGAGGGCGCAAAAAAAGAAACUGUUGAAGUGCCUGUGCAUCCGAAAAACGAAAGUCUUGGAAAAAAAACUGUCACAUUUGGUCCCCGCGUAUACAUUGAUUAUGAGGACGCUGUUACCUUGAAAGAAGGUGAAAAUGCUACAUUUAUAAAUUGGGGAAAUUUGUUAAUCAAAAAGGUGUACAGAGAUAGCAAUGAAAAAGUAACAAAGGUUGAUGCCACUUUAAAUUUGGACAAUAAAGAUUUCAAAAAAACAUUAAAACUUACUUGGUUGGCUGAGGAAGACGACGAGUCUGCAUAUCCACCUACAUACUGCGUUUACUUUGAUAACAUUAUUAGUAAGGCGGUUUUGGGCAAAGAUGAAGAUUUCAAACAGCACAUUGGUCACAAAACCAGAGAGGAAUUGAAAAUGCUGGGUGAUCCUGAACUCAAAAAAUGUAAAAAAGGUGAUAUCAUUCAGCUUCAACGGCGUGGUUUCUUCAAAGUUGACGUCGCUUAUGCUCCAGCCAGUCCUUUUUCAAAUGCUAUUACACCAGUAAUUUUGUUCUCAAUACCAGACGGUCACACCAAAGAUAUGCCUUCAUCAGGAUUGAAAAUAAACGCUAACUCAAAAGACGUCCGCAAAAAUAACGAUGUUUUAUCUGCAGUCCGGACCGACGACGCCUCUACAUUAGAUCAACAGAUUAUAAAGCAAGGUGAAAAAGUACGCGAUCUUAAAGCCAAGAAAGUUUCCAAAGAUAAAAUCGAUCCGGAAAUACAAAAGCUUUUAGCUCUUAAAGCUGAUUACAAAGUAGCUACAGGCACAGAAUGGAAACCAGGUCAAACAGCGGCUGUAAACAUUGCUAAUACAGGUUGUACUGUUGAGAAAUCAGUCAGUGAAGAUAUUGUCAAGCUAGGAAAUCUGAUACGUGAUUUAAAAGCGAAGAAGGCGUCAAAGGCUGAAAUAGACACUCAAGUUAAGGUGCUUCUUGAUUUAAAGGCCAAAUUCAAAGCAUUAACUGGUAACGAGUGGAAGCCAGUUAAUGUAGUUUCACCUUCUGCUCCACAAUCAAAAGACAGUUCAGGUGUUGAGGAAGUACUCAAAAAAAUUAAUACACAAGGCGAUAAAGUGCGCCAACUUAAAUCACAAAAAGCUGACAAAGUGGUGGUUGAAGCGGAAGUAAAAACGCUACUAGCUCUUAAAACCGAAUAUAAAGAACUUACAGGCAGCGAUUGGAAGCCAGGUGUUGUAGCACCAGCGACUAUUAAGAAGGAGAAGUCUCCAGAUCCACCAUCAACUGCUGCAGUUAGAGAUUUGCUAACGAAAAUCAAUGCUCAAGGGGAUAAAGUGCGCAGUUUAAAGAACACUAAAGCGGAAAAAAAUGUAAUAGAAGAUGAAGUCAAGCUGUUAUUAGCACUCAAAACAGACUAUAAGAGUCUUACAGGACAAGAUUGGAAACCUGGGACAGCGCUUCCUCUUACAGCAGCUGAUGGUCCCGUUAAAAUUGACUUAACGCGCGACGAAAGCCCAGACGCCAAUGCACUUCUAAUACGAAUUCAAGUUCAGGGCGAAAAGAUACGAAAAUUAAAAUCCGAAAAAUAUCCAAAGCAAACGAUUGACGCCGAAGUGCAGUCGUUAUUGGCACUAAAGGCGGCUUAUAAGCAAGAAACCGGUACAGAUUGGACACCCAACACCAAAGUUCAACCUAACGCAAUUUCUGUCACCCAAAAAUCUCCAGUAACUAUGUCUUCUUCACCAGAAAAAGAGCUACUCACAAAGGAGAUCAAUGAACAGGGAGAUAAAGUACGUGCCGCCAAAUCUAAUAACCUUCCUAAGGAGAAGAUUGAUGCUGAAGUGAAAAAAUUGCUGGCGCUCAAAGCGAAAUACAAAGAAGUUACUGGAACUGACUUCCCAACCGCUGGCGGACGUGGCAGUAGCAGCUCCUCAAAGAAAGGAAGUGAAAAAAAGGCUCCAGCUACAAAGAAGGAAACAACAACAUCAAAAGAAGAGACUGUUGCGAAUGUGGCGGGGCUUAAAAAGCAAACCCGUUUGGGACUUGAAGCUACGAAAGAGGAGAAUCUUCCCGACUGGUACUCACAAGUCAUUACAAAAGGGGAAUUAAUCGAAUACUACGAUGUCUCUGGUUGUUAUAUACUACGUCAUUGGUCAUUUGCAAUUUGGAAGUUUAUAAAAUCGUGGUUCGAUGCUGAGAUCACCAAAAUGGGUGUGAAAGAGUGUUAUUUUCCUAUUUUCGUUUCGCGAGCGGCACUCGAAAGGGAGAAGACUCAUAUCGACGAUUUUGCGCCAGAAGUCGCAUGGGUGACGAAAUCCGGCGACUCUGACUUAGCUGAACCAAUUGCUGUGCGACCUACCUCCGAAACCGUUAUGUAUCCGGCUUACGCAAAAUGGAUUCAAUCCUACCGCGACUUGCCUCUUCGCCUAAACCAAUGGAACAACGUUGUGGUAAGAUUAUUCUAGUAUUAAUACAAUUUUUU